UCACUUGAAGACUUGUGCUGGUGCUGGCCAUGUGGCGCCAUCUGCUGGGUUUGUGCGCCGGUCUCGCUGCCGGGAGCAGCGAUGGCGCGCGUUCGACGUUGUGCUGCGUGAAGGAUACUUACCAGCACGGAGUCUUCACCUUUCAGUUUCAGACUGAUGCCAAGGCAGCUCUCUAUGCCGCCUACUUCACAGGGGCAUACAGGCAUGGCUGGAACUCCCCCAUUCCCUUGGAGCGACGAUUCGCUGCCCGCAUGUGGAUCCACUGCUUGGGGGGUAUGAAGCUUACACCCGAGUUGUGCAAGAAGCCGCCGAUCAGCAGCGAGCUGGACGUCUUCAACGAGUCGCAGUUCAUCAAUGAGAAGGAAGAGGCCUUCAACCGGCUUCACCAGUUCAUCCAGUCAGCCUACUUUAGGCAGGAGGAGUACGUCUUCUCUGCGCCCGACUGUGCGACGGGCUACGUGCCAGCCAAAGACUCGACUCGUUGUAACGGGGAGCUCCUCAACUUCCUGACCUUAGCCCAGUACUGGAACCGGAAGCUGCAGGCGGACAUCGAGCUGUCCCGGGCAAAGCGCCGCCUUGAAGGCACAAAUGCAGAGCAGAUGGCUGCGGUGAAGGGGCACAUCCAUGAGCUCGAACAGGUUCGGCAGAACCAGCUGAACAGCAUCAUCAAGGUGUUGCAGAGGCCUUCGGAGUAUGUCACCUGAGCCGGUGAGGCAGCACACCGCAUGAGCAAGGUGGCAGACAUUGCUGCAGCCAUAUCGCGGUGAUGCAUUGAGUUGUGAUUUCAAGGAAAUUGCCUCAAAGAAGACA